CAUGCUAGCUAACAUGAAGAGAACGACUACUAGUUUUAAUUAUACAAUCUUCUCAGUGUAACAGUUGGGAAAUGUGACAAUUCAGAGUACAACGCAUUUCCCAUCUAUGGAUUAAAGUACAUUUAACGAGUCAUAUCCCGGGCCGGUUUCGCGGUGUCAGAGUCUAAUGCAGCUGUGAGCAAGCGUGUCGGAUCUGCUGGCUAGCGCCGGACAGGCAUUUGCCAUUGUUGUUAGCUCUAGCUUUUAGCUAGUUAACAGUCUGACAUUUACUGCUGCAAUUUGUUGCAUGAAAACCAGCUAGAUUUAAUGAGAGAGUGCAUAACGGCUGCAGCUGGAAUUCUGUGUUACAUUGGAGCCUAUGUGUUCAUCACAUAUGAUGACUAUGACCACUUCUUUGAGGAUGUGUACACCUUGAUCCCAGCGUCCAUUAUAAUAGCAGUCGGGACUCUGCUGUUUAUCAUUGGGCUGAUUGGAUGCUGUGCCACAAUAAGGGAAAGCUCCUGCGGACUAACAGCUUUUGCUGUCAUUCUCCUGCUGGUGUUUGUCACAGAAGUUGUUGUGGUUGUUAUUGGCUAUAUCUACAGAGCUAGGGUGGAAGAUCAGGUGAACCACUCCAUUCAGAAGGUGUAUGAUGAAUACAAUGGCACCAACACAGAUGCCCCCAGCCGAGCCAUCGACUAUGUGCAGAGACAGCUCCACUGCUGUGGCAUUCACAACUACUCUGACUGGAGGAAUACUCGCUGGUUCAAGGAGUCCAGAAACAACAGUGUUCCAGUCAGCUGCUGUAAACCCAACAUCAGCAACUGUACUGGAACCAUGAGCCGGCCUGGCGACCUCUACCCAGAGGGCUGUGAAGCUCUUGUUGUGAAAAAGCUGAAAGAAAUCAUGAUGUAUGUCAUUUGGGCUGCUCUGACCUUCGCUGCAAUACAGAUGCUGGGGAUGCUGUGUGCCUGUGUGGUGCUGUGCAGGAGGGGGCACGACCCGGCCUAUGAGCUACUGGUCACUGGCGCAACCUACGCAUGAGGAGGACACAGGGCCCGCCCGCACCAAGGGCUCCACCAAUAAGAAUGAAGAAAAGAAGCCUCACCUGACAUGUCCACAAUUUGUAGUUUUCAGCAGUAGUAAGCUCAUGCACACCUUGCACAGGAUAACUAUUGGGUAUACACUGGUGAUGGGGGAGGGGGGGGAUCUGUGAAAAUAAUUAUUUAUUGAACAUGCUUUGUAACUUUAUUUUAAUUGUAAAUGUUGUUUUUUAGACACUGGAACGCCUAAGGCCAAAGUUGUUAAAUGGUGAAUUGAUAUUGUUUUUCUUUUGCUCAAGAAAUACAGCCUUGUCUAUUUUCUUUUCCCCUUUGGGGCACAAGGGAUGAUUAGGGGCUCUUUAUAGAAGAGAACUACUGCUCAGUGCAAUAUGUGGAAUGUACUCCUUUCUCAUGUGUCAUUUUGCACUAUGACUAGAGCUCUGGAGGUAUUUAAGGAAUAUUUAAUCAUGUGAAUAUUAGAAGUACCUUUGAGGGACCCUGUAGUUUACCACUAAAUUGUGAUUCAGUCAACCCGUCUCCAUUCAUAGGUAGUGUAGAGGUACUUUACCGGUGUUACCUAAGACCCAUGUGUAGAUAGAGCUUUGUGUUACAACUUGGUACAUAUGUAGGUGUUUUCCGACGUACAAUACCAAGUAUGAAAGGGAAGGGGUGAAUCUCAAUGGUAUUUCUUGAUUCCUUGGCCUCUCUCCUUGCCUCCUUUUUUAAAAAUGCAUUGGAGGAGAAGAUCCAAGUGGAGAAACUUCAGAUCUGUGCAUUGAGAAGCUGAGGAGGGAGGACAUGAGGAAUACAAUUGAGAUUCAACCCUGCCUGGGAAUUUGAUGUAAACCACCAAAGAAUUGGGGCUGUGACUGAGGGAGUCACUUUUGUUUUGUGUUUUUGUGGCAUUGUGUAUUAUUUUUCAAAUGGAAGUUGAUAUUUAGACUUGUAGCAUUGCAGAAAAUGUGAAACAAAAUCAUGUAAAUAGAUUGGGGAGAGGAAAGAACUUUGAUUGAAAUAAACCUCCUAAAUUUAAACUAAAA